AUGACAACAGUACUCAUUGACAACUACGACAGUUUCACGUAUAAUGUAUAUCAAUAUUUAUGCUCUCAAGGAGCUGAUGUUGUUGUUUUCAGAAAUGACAAGAUCACUGUAGAAGAGAUCGAGGACCUUACCCCACGCAACAUCGUGGUCUCACCAGGGCCAGGUCACCCAGCUUAUGACGCUGGAGUUUCGAGAGAUGUUAUCGCUGCAUUUGCAGGAAAAGUUCCUAUUUUGGGUAUCUGUAUGGGUCUACAAUGUAUGUUCGAAGUGUUUGGUGGUACUGUUUCGUAUGCUGGAGAGAUUCUUCACGGAAAAGCGUCACCUAUAAAGCAUGACAGCCGAGGUGUUUUUAAAGGUGUUCCGCAAAACAAUAUGGUGACUCGAUAUCAUUCAUUGGCAGGCAUGCCUUCUACUAUUCCCGACACUCUUGAGGUGACAGCAACCACUGAGGAUGGCGUUAUUAUGGGCGUUCGACAUAGGGACUUUACCGUUGAAGGUGUCCAAUUUCAUCCUGAAAGCAUCUUAUGUGACAAUGGCCAUGUUAUGAUCAACAAUUUUUUGAGUUUACGAGGCGGUACUUGGGAAGAGAAUCCUGCCGCUGGUGUUUUACCAAACAAAUUGCCAGCCUUAACGAAUGAUACAGCUUCCACUACGAAAGCAAAUGCUACAACAACUAAUGUCAGUAAUGGCGCACCUUCAAUUCUCAAUCGUAUUUACGCACAGCGUAUUAAUGAUGUUCAAGCAGCUAAAGAAGUGCCUGGACAAUCAAUGGAAGAUUUAAAGAAACUUUUAGACCUUCACGUUGCACCUCCAUUACAAGAUGUUGUUUCUCGCUUAAGUCAACAAAAGCCGGCAUUACUUGCUGAAGUUAAACGUGCCUCUCCGUCCAAAGGCAACAUCGACGCAACAGCAAACGCCGCCGAACAAGCACUUCAAUAUGCAGAAGCUGGUGCUAGCGUCAUUUCAGUUUUAACAGAACCAAAAUGGUUCCGUGGCACUAUUCAUGAUAUGCGCCAAGUACGUGAAGCCGUCAGUCACUUACCUAAUCGACCUUGUAUUUUGCGAAAGGACUUUAUUGUAGACCGUUACCAAAUUUUAGAAGGAAGGUUAUACGGUGCUGACACCAUUUUAUUGAUUGUGGCUAUGUUAAGUGACGAUGAUUUACACGACCUUUACAAUUACGCCAAAUCGUUGGGUAUGGAGCCUUUAGUCGAAGUGAAUAAUGCAGAGGAAAUGGCACGAGCCAAUGCUUUAGGUGCUAAAUUGAUUGGUGUCAAUAAUCGAAAUCUUCAUAGCUUCGAUGUCGAUAUGGAAACUACAUCUCGCUUAGUCGAAAUGGUUCCCAAAGGGACACUGUUAUGUGCCUUAUCUGGUAUCACUGGUAGAAAAGACGUUGAAGUAUAUAUGAAUCAAGGUGUUCAUGGAGUUCUUGUUGGUGAAGCACUUAUGAAAGCUUGGAACUUGCAAGAAUUUGUGAAGGAGUUAUUAGGUGUCGAAAAGAAAAACUUGUUACCGAAAGAAAAAAGUAGUAUUCAAUCACUUGUCAAAAUUUGUGGUAUCUCAUCUGUCGAAGCUGCUGUUGAGGCAGCAACCGCUGGCGCUGAUAUGAUCGGUCUUAUCUUUGCUGAAAGAUCAAAACGUAAAGUUUCUAUUGAAACGGCUAAAACAAUUGUGCAGUCCCUACGCAGUCUGAAUAUAUCAAGAAAGUCAACACUAUCGAUUUCAGACGAAAGCUCAUCAGAUUGGUUUCAAAUCAACCGUCGCUUACUAGAAAACCGAUCGAGACUACCUUUAGUUGUUGGUGUUUUUGUAAAUCAAUCCAUCGAGCAUAUGUCACAGAUAGCGUUGGAUGUUGGGUUAGAUUUAAUUCAAUUACAUGGAACCGAGGCUGUUGAGAUAGCGCGCUUCCUACCUGUACCUGUUAUUAAGGCUUUCCAUAUUGACAGUAAUACUUUCAAUAUGAAUCAAAUGCCCAAUAUCACACAACCUGGAGGGCAUCACUAUGUAUUGCUAGAUGCUAAAGUGCCCAGUCUACCUUCUGACCAACAAGGUGGACAAGGUGUGAAGUUUGACUGGACAAUAGCACGGGAUAUUGUUCAACAUCGUCAAUGCAAAUCUACUAAACAUGACUUUCCUAUAAUUCUUGCUGGCGGAUUAGAUCCCUCUAAUGUUGUCUCUGCCAUACAACGAGUCAAACCCUGGAUUGUUGAUGUCUCCUCUGGUGUCGAAACAGAUGGUAUCAAAGAUCUUUUCAAAAUUCGAGAAUUUGUACGAGUUGUAAAAUCUACCAGCCAUUGA